AUGGUUGGAACCUUUUUAGAACUUAUUCAUCAUUUGUCAUCCCCUAAAAAAAGCCCAGUAUCACAAUCUAAAAGAGGAACGUAUAAAGAUCUUAAAUUUCAUUUAGUUGGUGAUAGUGCAUUUUUUUCCAAAGAUAGUUUAAAUCAUUUUGUAAAUAAAGUUAAUCCAAGCAAAGGUUCUAAUAAUAGUGAUGCAUUGGAUCUUUAUAAAUUAAAUAAUUCAACUUUAAAGAAAUUAUGUUUAGGUUUAGGUGUUUCAAGAUCAAGUAGUAAUAAGAGAAUGGUUAUGUUAAUUUGUGGUAUAGAUCCAUUAUCUCAUUCAACCAACCCAAAUUCGUACUCAUUAUUAUCAGAAGCAAUUCAAAAAGAUACUUUAAAAUCAUAUUCAUUGGUUAAACUCAAAAACUUACAUCAAAAUUUUAAUUUACCAGCUCCUGCUCAAUUAACAUGUGAAGGUUACAUUUUAGCUAAAAUUUAUUUUUUAUUCAUCUUCAAGUCCUGUAUUUUAACUACUUGUCAUCUUUUUUAA